AACAACAACAAAAAUCACAGUCACCGUCAGUCUAUCAAGCAUUUGUGAAGGCAGACGCUCGUCUACAGGAUCCUGAACGGUGCAGCCGGGCCUUAUAAACAGCAGAGAAGGCUUUGGUGUAAACAAGUUGUCUCGCGGAGCAUCUCAGAAAACAGCUUCUCCGAGUUUAAGAUCAGGGCGAGAGGAACAGUCACAGGGGAUUGCCAUAGUCUGGCAUUUACUAAGCAACUUAAGUAGGGCAGUGCAGAUAUAAAAAAAACCCAGACAGCUUCAGUGACUCUUCUUUUAAGGCCUUUUUUUUUUUUUUUUUUGAAGAGAAUGAUAUAAGGAGGAAACAUUUUCCUGAAGGGACACAAGCUUUGUCAAAGUGGAAGUCUUGCUGAGCUGGUUAACCAGCCAAGGUUUUACUGUAGUUUGUGAUGAAGGGAGGUCACGAUGAUGAUGAUGAUGUGUGGAACGCAUCAGCUGUCAUACUGGAUAUUGACUCAGGGUCUUGGGCAGACCGAUCGGCUCUACAUGAUGCUGCAAGCCAAGGACGUCUGCUGGCCCUCAAGACCCUCAUUGCUCAGGGCCACAGUGUGAAUGUGCUGACGAUAGACCACAUUAGCCCUCUUCAUGAGGCCUGCAUAGGGGGCCAUGUUGCCUGUGCCAGAGCGCUGGUAGAUGCUGGAGCCAACGUGAAUGUGACAGCUAUAGAUGGAGUGACUCCAUUGUUUCGUGCCUGUUCUGCUGGCAGUUUGGCAUGUCUAGAGCUGCUUUUGCAGAGCGAUGCCAGACCACAAGCCCUGGCCAUAUUCCAGCCUUCACCUAUCCAUGAGGCAGCCAGCAGGGGCCACAGCAAGUGUGUGGAGAUGCUGGUUUCAUGGGGUGUGGAUGUGGACUUUGAAAUCCCUCACAUGGGGACCCCUCUCUACACCGCCUGCCAAUGUAAAGAGUUCCUAUGUGCCCGCAAGCUGCUUGAUGGAGGUGCAAAUGUGCAGAGAGGUUCAUAUAUGGAGACUCCUCUUCAUGCGGCAUCUCAGAAAGAUUGUCUAAGCAUUGUGAAACUCUUGCUGGAAUUUGGGGCAGACGUAAAUGCACGCAACCUGCAGUAUAAACGGGCCGUUGAGGUUGCUCCUCCAGGGAGCCUUACAGAGGGUUUCCUAUUGAUUUAUGAAGCGACACCUCGUUCUCUGAGUCAACUUUGCCGUCAGCAAAUCAGGGAGAGGUUGGGACGUUCCCGACUGCAUCUUCUACCUCAUUUGCCUCUCCCUAAAGCAAUGAAGAACUUUCUACAAUACAGAUAAUGUCAUUAUGUUCACUGUUGUGGGUUAAUAAUACUAUAAUGAGGUUAAAUCAGAAAAGCAGUUUUACCUUUUACAUGUAACCACAACUACCUUAUCUCUGUUGUCUGAUUUUAAAAAGAGAAUGAGCCAAUAAAAUGUCCUUGAUAUUUAACUGUUCAAAAAUUCAAUAAACUUGACUGGAAAAUGCA